AUGCCUACCGACAUUACGGUCAACUACUUCGUCAGCAAGCGGUCAGACAACCAUUACAAACGAGGACGAGAGAACGAGAUGGACCCCGAAAUCUCUCACGACAAGCUUCUGGAGAAGCUCGUGGGGUCUCCACAUCGACCAACUACCCACAAAGUCACAACAGAAGCUUCCCACGCUUCUGAACUGCUUGACACAGUACCUCCAGUGUCGGAUGUCCAAGUCCACGAUUCAAGAAAGGCCUUCGGACAUGCAUUACCCGUUGAGGAAGGUACUCAAUCCAUCGACAGCUCGACGGCAGCCUCGGCAAACAAUGACGCUCUAUACAACUCUAUCCAGUGCGGAGAACACAGUAACAGUAAUAAAUGUAGGAAAAGUUCCGUCGUUUCCAAAGCCAGUCGCAGCAUGCAAUCCAUCAUGGCAUUGAACAGCGCACUUCUCCUUCUCGCGCUCUGUCAGUUCUCGUACCAACAACUCCAUCCCCAAACCAACGUCUGGAACUCGAACUUUAAACUCACGCGCACCCAAAUCGCCGCCGCCAACCUCUCGAAAUCGACAGCCAACAACGUCGAGAUCGCCCUGCGGUUCGAGAGAACCAACAACGCCUACCCCAAACUCACCCAACACGACCCCUUCUACCACCUCCCCUCCUCAUACAACCCGGAAAACCCUCCGCCAGCAGGUACAGUCCUGAAAGUGGAACAAUACACCAAUGUAUCGCACUACACCACCCCAAUGUCCCUCUCUAUGUCGCGCUUCCUCUACACCACCGAAACGCUCAACGGAACCAUCAUGCCCGCGUCCGCGUACGUGCUCUGGCCGUACUUACCGCGGAGCUUCCCCGACCUCACCCCCUGCUCCUCCUCCGCCGACAAGCGGGAGGAAGAGGACCCGUUGUUCCCCGUCAUAGCCUUCGCGCACGGCACCUCGGGCCAAACACAGGCUUGCGCGCCGUCGGGGCUAAGAGGGCUCUGGGACGACUUCCACGAGCCUUUCCCCCUAGCGCUCGCGGGCUACGCAGUCGUCGCGCCAGAUUAUCUGGGUCUUGGGGUUGAGGGAACGCCGAAUCCGUAUUUCGUCUUGCCCUCUCAAGCGAACGAUCUCGGGUUCGCUGUCGAGGCCGCGAGGCAAGCGUGGCCGGAGGCGCUGGCGAGGGAGUUUGUAGUGGCGGGACAGAGUCAGGGCGGGGGCGUGGCGUGGUCUUUCGCGCAGCGGCAGGUGGAGAAACCCGUUUCUGGGUACUUGGGGACCAUGGCGGGUUCGCCGUUCACGGAUGUGCUGGGGAUCGUGGCCGCGGAUGCGGAGGCGCAGAAUAAUGGACGGGUGGUGGGGAUCGCGCAGGGUUUGGGGUCGGUGUUGCCUGGGUUCGAGAUGGGGGAAUGGGUUACGGAGGCGGGGAUGGCGAGGUGGGAGUUGUUGAAGGAGAUUCAGGGGUGUGGGCUCACGGGGGCUCAGUUGUUUAGUGCUGAAGGCGGUGAGGUCAAGAUUUUGAAGGAGGGAUGGAACUUGACGGAUUCGGCGAAGUGGUAUGCGAACGUGAGCAACAAUGGUGGUAAACCGUUUGCUGGGCCGAUGAUGGUGAUUCAGGGGAUGGAUGAUCCAAAUGCUAACGAGCCGGUCGUCUCGAAGUCCGUCAGGGAGACGUGCCGUUUGUACCCUGACAGCCAGCUGGAAUAUUCUACAUGGGAGAAUAUCACGCAUGUGCCGGUGCUCUUCGCAGGACAGCACAUGUUCCUCGACUGGAUCCACGACCGGUUCGCCGGAAAGCCUGCGCAGAAGGGAUGUUCAGAGAAGACGAUGAAGCCGUCCAGGGGGGCGAAGAGUUCGGAGUUUGCGGGUUUUACGGAUGCGACGUUCUUCAUCGAGUAUGAUGUCUAUGGGAUAUGA